AUGACGAUCUGUGCUUAUAAUGUACGUACGCUUGGACCGAAAGCGGCCAUCGAAGAUCUGAUGAUGCAUGCCAAUAAGAUUAAGUACGACGUCAUCAGACCGACCGAGACGAGACGAUGUCACCCUCUCAACCCUUUCGAACAACUUACGACGUCUGCGGAUGAAAAGAUGUGGUUCAAUCCCAGCUUUGACUAUCUUCGUCGCUUAAGCUCCAACAUCAAGCUACGAAGAAGAAGUCGAGGUUUUCUAUAUGGAUCUUGA